AGUUGGCGAGUUCUAGCAUUUUUCAAUUGCAAUAGCUAGCGGUCUGGGUGUCCUUGGAGCUUCUCCAAUACAACAGAACACAAUCCCCCUCGAAAUGAAGAUAAUGGUGGCCGUGAAGCGAGUCGUCGACUACGCCGUGAAAAUCCGAGUCAAACCCGACAAAACUGGCGUGGAGACCCAUAACGUGAAGAUGUCGAUGAACCCCUUCUGCGAGAUUGCGCUGGAGGAGGCUCUGCGAAUCAAGGAGUCGGGCCUGGCCUCGGAGGUCGUGGCGGUCAGCAUGGGCCCAGCGCAGUGCGUAGACACUCUCAGAACUGGGCUCGCCAUGGGAGCUGAUCGGGGCAUUCAUGUGGAGGACACAGGGGCUCUGUACCCGCUCUCUGUUGCCAAGCUUUUGAAGGCGCUUGUGGAGGUUGAAAAUCCCGGUCUUCUCAUUCUUGGCAAGCAGGCCAUAGAUGAUGAUUGCAAUCAAACAGGGCAAAUGGUGGCUGGGCUUCUUGGUUGGCCACAGGGGACCUUUGCUUCCAAGGUUGUACUGGACAAGGAGAACCAAGUAGCAACAGUGGAUAGAGAAGUGGAUGGCGGCCUUGAGACCUUGUCUUUAAAUUUACCAGCUGUAAUCACCACUGAUUUGAGGUUGAAUCAGCCGAGGUAUGCAACACUUCCCAACAUAAUGAAAGCAAAGUCAAAGGUCAUAAAGAAGCUGACUCCACAGGAACUAAAGGUGGAAAUCAGAUCGGAUUUAGAGGUUGUUCAGGUCACCGAGCCUCCCAAAAGAAAAGCAGGGGUUAUCGUUUCUUCCGUGGACGAGCUUAUUGACAAGCUCAAGAAUGAAGCUCAUGUCAUUUGAUUAUUUUAUACCUUCUUAAUCAAACUUCAACAACCAUUUACUGAUCUGUUGCUCCUAUUCUUUUUGUUUUUUCCCUUUUUACUCUGGAGCUUGAGCAGUUGCUUCUGGCCACUGAUAUUGUAAGGUCAAAAAUACGGAAAUGAAACUGUAAAAGGAAUCUGAAUGCCAGUUAAAAAAAAGUUUUUCUUCU